AUGGAGUCCCCCACCUUGAGCUCCCUGGGUCGAUCCAUCAGCCGGGCACCCAGGCGCGAGCAUCUGCCCCCUCGCACGACGGCCAACACCACCACCACGACCGCCACGACCACCACCGCCACCGCCACCGCCACCGCCACUGCGGCCGCCAUCGCCCCCAGCGACGGCGUGGUGGACUUGACCAUGGAUUCAACGCCUGCCGUCGCGGCACCCAUCAACCAAACCCUGGAGACACAAAGGCUCGCUGCUCUUACCCGGGCCACCAUCACUUUUGGUGAUCCCAUCAACCUCAGUGCUGCCAUUGAAACAAUCGAAGGGAGACCCCCGCCCGGACCCGGGCCGGCAUCAUCAUCCGGGCGCCAGGCGCCCGGUGUGACCCUCGCCGAUGCCUGUCGACUGCUGGUGGAUGGCCGCCUGAGCAGCUUGUCGCUGUUGAAUGCAUUGCAAUUCUGGCAAUGCUGCGCACAACUCGGCCGGAUGCCAGGCCAGGCGGACAUUCCACCAUUGGGAUUGCCCCACCCUGCGGACCCGGUCGAUGGUAUGCCCCUCGGUAGCUUGCUGGCACUCAUUGGUCUCCCUCAUGGUGUCUUCAUCGAGGCCAUGCGUUUGGUGGAGGAAUCGCCGGUGUAUGGGCUGUUUGCCGGGCGACGCUACUCGCCCGCACUGCCAGCGGCGGCCCUCCAGUUUCCGGCCUUACUCAGCGACGAUGGCGUCUUGCUGAUUCCGGACAUGUUGUCACCGCUCUUUGGCCUGAACCAAAGCUCCGCGGCUGGCUUGGCGGCUGUGCCGCUCGACGAUGGCGUCUUGCUGAUUCCGGACAUGUUGUCACCGCUCUUUGGCCUGAACCAAAGCUCCGCGGCUGGCUUGGCGGCUGUGCCGCUGUCCGCCACUCUGACACCGGGGCAGCUCCCCGCGGCAUAUGCAGCGACAGCGACACCCAUCGACUCCGUGGGCAAUAUCCGCCACGCUGACGCAUUGGAUAUGGCCGAGUCAAAGAGCGCCAUCUUCGGGGCAGCGGAGCCCCCUGCGCCGGGUUUCCGUCUGGAGAUCGCCCCCAUCCGGGAGGACGAUGCCCCGAGCGCCAUCUUCGGGGCAGCGGAGCCCCCUGCGCCGGGUUUCCGUCUGGAGAUCGCCCCCAUCCGGGAGGACGAUGCCCCGGUGGAAGAUGCGGCAGGCCAGGUCGAUCCUUUGGCCGAGUCCCAAUCGCCGGAUGGGCCGAACCAACGCCUGAAGGCUCUGCAGGGACGCCUACAGCAGGUGAUUGCCCAUGGCGUGCCUGACCGAACGGCCCUCCGGAACAUCCAGCACGCCCUGCUGCAACAAAUCCGCCAGGAGCGGGCCAAUCAGCCCCCCCGGCGACUUGCCGGGUUAUACAGCGAGCCCCUGGGUCGACUGGCUGAUGCGCGCUUUCUCCAUUUACGACAUGGGAUCGCUCGAACCCGGGCUCAAAUUCGCCAGUCGCAGACCCUGCCCGAAGCCAAAUCCCGUCUGUGCGUCGGCGGAAGCUCGUACAUUUGGGAUAUGCACGCGUAUGCCGGGUAUUUGAGUCACUGGGGGUGGAGGGCUUCCAGUCGCGGUGGAUCCUCCAUCGAGUCAUCUACCGACACCUCGGCCGGCUUGGCUUCCGGCCCGCCUGGUGGUGACCCUGCACGAGUGAUUCCCUUCGGUCCCCAACGGGGUGAGGUGGUGGACUUCCGCUUUCCCGGCCGGCGGGCCCUUCGCCGGGGUACUCGCAAUGGGGUGCCCGGCCAGCGCGGCUGGACCAGCCACCAGCGGCUGCUGAUGCGGGGGCAUGCUUUCCGCCUGCGUCGGGCGCUUGGCCUGCCGCCACAAUGUCGCAGGCCCCUGGAUCCUGGUCCCCUUCCGAAGCCGUUGGUGGCGGCCGGCGUGGAGGGCGUCGGGCUUUCGGCCGACCGGCGGCGUUUCAGCGACUGGACCGCCCAAUCGGUGAUUGACUGGGAUGAGCUUGGUCGACUGGCAGCGCAAACCGGGCGCACCCCGGUCGAGUUGGCUCUUUAUGGGCGAACGGUGGCCGCCGUGUCGGGGCGCAUUUCGCGUGUGGGUGGUGCCGCUGAGCGGGCUCUCUUCAAUUGGGGCGAUGUGGCCCCGGGGCCCACCGGCGAGGGGGCCGUGUCUCCGGUGCCAACCUGUCGAAUGUGUUGCCGAGCCUGUGGAACCGGCGGCCCUGAUGAUGCCUUGCCGCUGGAUGCCUCGCGGCAUUGCCACUGGCCGAAUGCCGAGGAUAUGCCCACCGCGCGCUAUUCGCUUGGGCGCUUCAUCCCGGCGGAUCUUCCCCGGUGUACCUCUUGCGGGAGCCAGCUCCUGUCGCCGAUGCCCGGCCCCGGCCGGGUGGACCCAUCCCCAUGGUUGAGCCCGGUGGCACUGGCCAAGCACGAUGGCAGCGACACCGGCAGCACCGGGGCCAGCGAUGCCGAUGUGGACUCUGGCGACUCCUCUGAUUCCGACCUGUCGGAUCUCGAGGGGCACGGCAGCCUGCUUGAGGGGGCUCUCCGCCGUGGGCCCGGCCGGUCCGCCGAUCCGACCGCUCACAUCAGCCUCCACGACUCCUCGUCCUCCGAUUCCGAUUCACUGUCUUCCGGCUCCUCCUCCUCCUCCUCCCUCCCAAGCGAUGAGAGCCUUCCCCAAUUGCCGGCAAGCGACUCCGAAGUGUCGGGCCUUGACUCCGAUGAUCCGGAUCGCCACCUUGCCGGAAAGCCGGAGGCCCCUCCGCAUGGUGUACUUCCAGCUCUCCCGGCUCCGGGAGGCCCACCCGUGCCGGGCACAGGCAAGUCCGAGCUUCCGAUCGCCACAGAGGCCGAUCUGGAGAAUGCCGGCACACGGGCCACCGUUGAGCGUCGGUAUCUACCGCCGCCGACGUCGCGCCGGCGGCCAGCCGCGAAAUCACCCCGUCGGGUGCCUCUCUUCACGGCGGGCCUCCCGGAGGAGAUCCUGUCGCGGGAUUACCCGAUUAGUCAAGCGGAGGAGUUUGCGCGGAUGUGGGGCGUGCCGGCGGUGUCGCCGCACGAUCCCCGGCGCCUGGCGGUGUAUGACAUUGGUCCCCAUGCGGAUUUGGCUCCCCGGUGGCCCGGGCCAAGCAUGCUGUUCGGUGAUCAAGCCACCUCCGGUUGGGAUUUCCUGCGGCAGCUGUAUGACGCCUUUCACGAGGUGGUCAGCAACCCGGCGGCGCCGAUUUCCGUCCUGCGCCUGCUCCGCACGCUCGGGCGCUCGGUUGUGCCGCUGGUGUAUCAUGCCCUGCCGAAUCCGGACAGCGCGGCCUGGUUCCUGCAGCUGGAGACCCGGCAGCUGAGGUUCACGCGGCCGGAGUACAUUUGGUCCGGUCUUGGGGCCGGAGCCGUGAGCUUGUGCGAUUUGACCGACGAGCAGCAGGGCCACUUGGCGCCCCUGGUAUUUGGAACACAUCCCACUGGCGCCGAUCGGCUCCUGCAGGCCGCAAGCUUUACCUUCCCCCGGCGAGUGGGGUCGACGGUCAGCCGGCCGGGGCGGUGGUUUUUGCCCGGGGGCUUCCCCGGGUCUGGGCGGCUGCACCCUGCGCCGCAGCACCUGAGCCCAUGGCUUGGUCGGACGGAGGCGGUCUUUUCCCGGCGAUCUCCCUUGGACACGCGUCGGCUCAUGUCGCUGGAGUUCGAGUCCCUCGAGUGCCGUGCCCGGAGCGACGGCCUGACCCGGCCGGAUCGGCCGGACUCCGACUCGGACGCGGAUCCGGGCCGUGAGUUGAGCCGGCUGCCGGCCCGGCUGCGCCACCGGGCGCAAGCCCUCACCGGGGCAUAUGCACCCUCGGACUCGGACCCGUACGACUCGGACCAUGACAGUGAUCCGGGGGAUUCGCAGGUGGCCAUCCAUACGGGCAUGCCGUUGGUUCUCUUCUUUCAAAAUCUGCGCGAUGGCCUGUUGAAGCAGGCCCCGCUUCCGGACCCGGGGCCCGAUCCCCCGGUGCCAAGUGGCCCCGGGUCCCACCGGCUGCCCCCGGGGGAAAUCGAUCCUGUGGGUGUCGAGGCGGAGCUCUCCUUCCGCCGGGAUCUUCUCCGGCGGACGGCCAUGCUGCAGCCCAUGCGGCUGACUGAUGACCCGCGCCAGUAUCUGGAGGAGGAUCGGGCGAUGCUGGCCCAGCGCCGCGCAGAGAACCGAGCCCGACGGGCAGAUGCCUUUGCUUGGGCCCGGCUGCGUGCUGCCAAGGCGGCCGGCCAGCCGACGCCUCGAGGGGCCCAUCCACCCGAUGCGUUGAUCCGGCAUGAUCGUUGUGUGCACAUUGCCCGGCGACUCUAUCUACAGCACCCGGACGCGUGGAUCACCACGCGUGCGGUGAACCAGUUGGCGCUGGCGGCUCGGAUGUUCGCCCGACGUGUGGCCCGGGUGGCGGCACAUCUGGCUGUGGCCUCGGCACAUCGUUUGGCUGCUCCGCGGCUGGCAUCUCCGCAUUGGCGCCGGCGUGCCCUACGAAACUCGGCACAGGUGGAUGCCACUCACGUGGCGGAGGCCCUACGCAUGGUGGCUCAAGCGCGCCCGCGCGAGGUCCUCUCCAAACCCAGUCGACUGAUGGCCAUCUGGUCGGCCGAUCCGCAAUGGCUCCUCUUCGAUCCGGAGCCCGCGCAGCCGGAUUUCAUGGAACGCAUCUUCGGCGGUGAGCCGGGACACUUCGAUGAUCCCAUGCUGGGCCCACCGCGGCCACGGCUGCACCAUGCAGCCACCCGUCUGCCAGGGUUGUACAAGUCGCCGGACCAUGUUUUGGAUGUCCCUUCCGACGAGGAGGAGGCUGCCGACGGAGCAGCGGCAUCUCCAGCUGCGACCGCGGCGGCCGGUGCGGCCCCCGAGCCGGUCGCCAUGUCACCCAUCCCCCUGUCUUCCUCUUCUUCCGGGGCAGAUUCCGCUCUUGAGCGCUAUUUCAACAUGCAGCUCUCGGCAGCCGGGUCCUCGAGCUGCUCGGAGGACGGCCGCAUGGGGCCGGGGAAGCGUCCGCGUGAUGGCGUAUUGGAGCAUGCGGCGCCGGUGACCAAGCGCCUGGCCACCGGCCGCGGGUCGCUCACUCCCGCGACCCUACGCGACUUGCUGGAUGAUGUGCCCCUGUCAACUGGGCCCUCAUCCUCGGAGGAGGAGCCGGAGGAGGUCAUCGAUGGGGCUCUACUCCACCCAAGCCAAGGGGACUCCCAGUCGCAGCCGCUCUUUUCCCACCCGGAUCCUCGACUGUCGAGCCCUCUUUUGUCGUUGGAUGCCGGCACUCUGGCAUCCGGCUCCGACAGUGACACCCUAGCCGGGGCUUUCUUCGACCCAAUGGAACGUGCGGAAUUGGAUCUCCGUUCGGGCCUGCCCUCGGGCCAUGGGGUCCUCCCUGUCGCCGGUGUUGGUGUUGGCCACAGCAGCAGUGACACGGGGGACAGCAGUGGCAGCGGCAGCAGCAACGGCAGCAACGGCAGCGGCAGCAGCGACAGCAGCAGCGACGGCAGCAGCGACGGCAGCAGCGAUAGCGACGGCCCCAGCGACAUAGACACCGCUGCUGGCGGCGAAAGUGGCCGACAGACGCGAGCCAUUCAGGUGGCCAUCAGCCAGGCUCGGCGUGCGGCUGGUCGUGCCGAUCAGCUUGGCCGCAUUUUCGGUCACCAACCCGAGGACUGA